AUGGCUUCCUUGACCUUUUAUCAGUUUACUCUCAUACAAGGGCAACUUAAAGUUGGCUUUCACUUCUUAACAUGUCCCAUUGCUGAGACUAUUGUCAAUUCUGUUGUCAAAGAAGCUAUACAGUCUAAACCCGCGUUUCCCCUCGUGUUACUUAGACUCAAUUUCCAUGACUGCUUCGUUGAGGGUUGUGAUGGUUCUAUAUUGAUUGAAAAAGAUCCAGAUCCUGAGAAACGUGCAAAUGGUCAUCAGAGAGUUGAUGGAUUUGAUCAUAUACAGGAAGCCAAAGAUCACUUAGAAGCUCAAUGUCCUGGAGUUGUAUCUUGUGCUGACAUAGUGACUUUGGCUGCUAGAGAUACCAUUGCCUUGGGAGGGGGGACUGUUUAUGAGGUUGAGACUGGGCGGAGAGAUGGUAGAAUUUCCAACGAAAAAGAACUUGUUCUAUUAAGUGCUGGAAGGGAUGAUAGUGAUCCCAAGAUAAAACAUGCUUUUCUACCAGUGCUAAAAAAUCAGUGCCCUAAAAAUGGAAAUGCUUCUGAUAGAAUACUACCCGACCAAGUGAGCAUCGAUAAAUUUGACAAUCAAAGUCUACGCAAUAUCAAGAAUGGGAUGGUCGUGUUAGCAUCAGAUGCCCGUCUCUACGAUGGUAAUAUUACAAAGAAAAUUAUGGAAUCCUAUGCUGUUUCAACGGGACAUAAUCGUGCUGCUGCUUUGUCAUUUGUGAAAGAUUUUUCAACUGCAAUGGUGAAAAUGGGAAGAAUUGGUGUAAAGAUAGGAACAAAUGGAGAGAUUAGAGCAAACUCCUUUAAUUAA